AUGGCAGAACAUGGCAUGGCGGCCAUUACUGGCGUGGCUCUCAGCUUCCUGCUCAUCCUCCUCCUUCGGCCAACUCAUUGCAAUGGUAAUGGAGACCCUCCAAUCCCGAAAUCAGAUGUUGAUCUCAUAGAAUUCCCACUCAACUUAGAGUAUUUGGAAGCUGAAUUCUUCUUGUAUGCCUCUCUCGGAUAUGGCCUGGAUAAAGUAGAUCCAAAUCUAACCAUGGGAGGCCCUCCCCCUAUUGGUGCUAGAAGGGCCAAAUUGAGCCCUUUCGUCAGGGAUAUCAUACUCCAAUUUGCCUACCAGGAAGUUGGUCACGUGAGGGCAAUUAAAGCUACGGUGAAGGGGUUUCCAAGACCGUUGAUGGACUUGAGUUCAAAGUCGUUUGCCAAAGUGAUGGAUCUUGCUUUUGGGCGUCCCUUGGACCCACCUUUUGACCCUUACGCUAAUACCUUGAAUUACCUUCUCGCAUCAUACUUGAUUCCUUAUGUUGGACUCACGGGCUAUGUUGGAGCAAAUCCAAAUCUUGAAUCUCCUCGUCCCAAGGAGCUCGUUGCAGGUCUUCUGGGAGUUGAGUCGGGUCAAGACGCAAUGAUUCGAGCACUACUUUACGAACAUGCAGCGAAGAAAGUCGAACCAUAUGGAGUGACAGUGGGCGAGUUCACGCAGCUGAUUUCAAAUUUGCGGGAUAAGCUAGGCUGUGGAGGCGUAAAAGACGAAGGCAUUGUGGUACCAAAAGAAGAGGGUGCUGAGGGUAAGAUUUCAGGCAAUGUGCUUGCUGGAGAUCAGUACUCACUCUCAUAUGGAAGAACUCCUGAAGAGAUUCUGAGAAUUGUGUAUGGUACGGGUGAUGAGCAUUUUCCUGGGGGUUUCUAUCCAAAGGGAGCUCAUGGCCGCAUUGCAAAAUCCUACUCGUGAACCAUGUCAUUAACCAAAUAUGGUGUUGUAAUUGUCUCAUAUUUCUAUAUCAUCAAUAAAAAGGAUUUUCGAGACU